GGACCCAAUGGUCCGAAAAUCCUCACCAUCUAAAAGUUAGUUCAACCAAAGUAAUCAAAUUCUCUCUUCUUCGAGUCUUCGAAAUCCCCAAACAAAUAGAAAAUCUGAAGAAUCACAAAUCUCCCAAAUUAGUUGGCAAUUAAAUCGCAAAUCGCUGCCCUGGUUUACUCGAAGAUUUUGCUCGAAGAAGGAACGACGUCGUUAUCGAGAUAUGGCUGUUGCAUCUGAGGAAACCACUAACAUAUGCAGCCACUGUGACAGAGCUAUUCCUUCCUUGAAUAUUGAUUUGCAUUUCGCUCAUUGUUCUCGGAAUCUUGAAAAAUGUAAAAUUUGUGGUGACAUGGUCCCAAAAAAGCAUGCUGAGGAACACUUCUUAAACACUCAUGCUCCGGUAGCCUGUUCACUAUGCAGUGAGACAAUGGAGCGUGAAAUUCUAGCAAUUCAUAAAGGUGAAAAUUGUCCUCAAAGGAUUGUCACAUGCGAAUUCUGUGAGUUUCCAUUGCCUGCAAUUGAUCUAGCUGAGCAUCAGGAGGUAUGUGGGAACCGAACAGAACUUUGCCAUCUGUGUAAUAGAUAUAUUAGAUUGCGAGAAAGAUACAACCAUGAGGCUAGAUGCACUGGUGUGUCAGACAGUACUGCAGGAUCUUCCAGGGAUGUGAGGGCAGCUGAAAGAGCACCAGGUGCUCCAAGAACGCAGCCACAUGAUUAUUCACGGAGACGACUUCUAUUCACCAUUGCAAUAACAGGCAUUGCUGUUCUACUGGGAUCAAUUCUUUUCCAGAGGAAAACAGGGAAUAAUCAAGUGCAUUAGCAGCAGAGAAGGUACACAUUAGGGCUUAUGUAAAUCACAGCUCCAAGGCUAUUUGAUUCCAUUUGUCUGGAUCUGUAAUCAACUGAGAGCAUACUGUUACUGUAUUGAACUCUGGGUUGUGAUAGUACAUUGACAGCUUGUGUACUGUUUUCCAUCAUUGGGAAAUAGCUUCAGCAUUUGUUUGCAUAAGAGAUGGGCUUUUGUAAAGUUACAUUCUAGUAAUUGCUGGCAAUUCCACUUCCAUCAAUUUACUACCA